AUGAAUUUACGACUGCCAGUGUCCUUCGUGCUCGCAAUUGACGAAGUAACGCUUGAAGAUCUUACUACUUCUGAUCCACAAUUGUCCGACACAUGUUUACAGCGAUAUUUUGUAAUACUUCUGGAAGCAGUCAGAGAUGAAGUUCUUGAACAUUUAGAAAGUAAUCAUCGUGUUCAAGUCAUCUACCGUCAAGAUGGCUCGAAUUGUACAUCAAGUCGUCCGAAAUUACAUCGACUUAUUAAUAAGCAAUUGCAACAAUUUACACUUGAUUUAACAGCAGACAUUGUGCAUUUUCUUACUAUUGAGGGCGAAAAACAAACAAAACUAGAGCGAUUAGAUUUAGUAAAAAUCUAUUAUCGUCAAGCACGGUUGCUGAAAGAAUGGGCUAUGUCAUUUGUUAAAGCUAAACCAUGCCACAUUCUACUCAUUCCAUUGAACUGCAGUCGAGAAAAUUUGCACAGUGCCAAGGAGCGAGUACAGAAGCUUUGCAUCAAUUUGGGCUAUCCAUCUGUAAUCAUUCGAAUACUUGACAAUUAUAUUCCUUCAAGUAACGAAGAAAAACCAUGUCUUCUUCCAUAUAGUCAAGCACUGUUUAAUUAUGAACAUCCACUGUAUAUCUGUGAACUAAUUAAAAAACUAUCACCGUUACGAUUAUAUUUAUAUGGUAACGAUGAAUGUAUUUCCAGUGAAUGGAGUAGUUUAAUGAUAAGUUCUGAAACACAUGUCAUGGAAGAUGAAGAUAAUUGGUGUAGUUUUGUUGAAAAUGAAUAUAUUAAUGAUGAAAUCAAAUGGAAUUUUAGAUCUUUAUUUGGAGAAAAAUGGCAAAUUAAACGAAUAGCUCCAAUUAAUUUAACUGAAUUAAAUAAACAUCUUCGAUUUCAAUCAGCUCUUUGCCGAGCUUAUAAAACACUCAGCCAUCGUCAAUUUGAAGUAACAUCAGAAAUAUUUGAAUGGUACGAUAGGUGUGUACGCGAAGGAUUUCUUCAUAUAGAGCCUAAAUUGUCUAUUCAAGAAAAAAAUAAAACUGCAAAUCAUAAAAUUCUAGCAGUUGUAGCUUAUUCAAAAUGUAUUGUUCAAAACCCAUCGUCUUUUGAUUAUCACCAAAAGACAAAAUCCAAAGGAUUAUCAUGUAUUUGGCUUGAUGAAAUUCUAAAUUCAUCGAAUAAUUAUCUUGAUCAAAUAAUUGAACCAUAUCAAUGGCAUUUUUUUGAUAAUUUAUUACAAUGUAUACCAUAUAUUGAAAAUCAAUUACGUGAACAAAAUGAAAUCUUUCUUAUUGCAUCAGGUGCACUAGGUUAUGAAUUAUUUCUUACAGCUUAUCGUUUGAUGGCAGCAAUUCGAUAUGUUUAUAUUUAUUGUUCUCAACUUGGUUUACAAGGAAACUGGACAAAAUAUUAUCGACAAAUACGAGGAGUUUUUAAUGAUUCUUUGACAUUAGGAGAAAAAUUGAAACCAGAUUUCGAACAAACUUCUUUGAAGCCAAUCGAUGAUCAAACAUUGAUUUCUAUAUCAAUCAUUGUUUAUAAUCCAAAACAACCUCAUGAGUUUAUGGCUCAUCAACGUACAAUAGACACUCUUCUUUGUCUACCGCACACAGAUGAAGCACGUGCUGUAAUGAUUGAAGAAUUUCGUCGUGUAUAUAGUGAUAAUGAGGCGACUCUCGCUGAAAUUGACAUAUUCGCACAAACCUAUCAUUCCAAUAGUGCUAUUCAAUGGUAUACUCGUGAUUCAUUUUUAUUUCGUUUAAUUAAUAAAGUACUGCGAUUGAGUGAUGUUCAAAUGAUGUUCAAAUUACGAUAUUUUCUCACUGAUCUUUAUGUGCAACUUGAUGAUCUUUAUAAACAAACAUAUGCAUUAUAUAAUACACAAAAAUUCGAAAAACUUUAUCGUGGUCAACUAGUAUCAAAAACAGAAUUCGAAUAUUUUAAACAACUUCAGGGUCAUAUUAUAUCAAUAAACACAUUUUUAUCUACAACUGCAUCAUUACAAAUAGCUCUUGCAUUUGCAAAUGGAUCUUGGAACAAUAUUGAUUUUGUUCCAAUUGUAUUUUGCAUUGAGACAAAGUCACAUGUUCAACAUAAACGGCCAUAUGCAAAUAUUUCAAGUUUUUCGGCCUAUAGAGAUGAAGAGGAAGUUUUAUUUGCUAUGGGUAGUUUAUUCCGUAUUCAAUCAAUUGAAAAAUUGGAUCGAAUGAAUAACAUUCCUGUUAUCUAUUUACAAAUGAUUGAUCAACAAGAACUAGACGGAUCAUAUGAACAAUCUCAUUCGAAAAUGGUACAUCUCGUAUUGAGACUAACGAGCACUUAA